AUGGAACUACUUAGUGAAAGAGUGUAUUAUUCUCUAAUCGUUCUGGGACGUGAAAUCCGUGAACAGCUUUAUCACCGUUUAAGUGACUUUGAUUUUCAUUAUAAAAUGACUAAUGUCUUUAAACACAGUGUCAGUGACAGUUCUAAGUCGAAAGAGAAGUCUAAAGAAGUGCGCGAUGAUGAAACACACAUGAAUGAAGCUUUAAGAUGUGUUGCUGAAGCUUUUCCAACCGUUGCUAAAGCCCUUAACAUUAAAUUUCCUAUCACUUAUUG